AGGGAGCGUGUGAAUCAGUCCGUGGGGCAGGGAGGCAGGGAGCGGCAGCGGGGUGGGGUGCGGGUGCGGGUGCGGAGGGGACAGCCUGGGCCGGCACCAGGUUAGUGGUCACCUCCGGAGAGCCCUGGGCCCUCACCUGGCCAGCUCCCGGGCCCGACUGCCAUGGCGCGCCGAUCUCAGAGCUCCUCGCAGGGGGACAAUCCCCUGGCCCCAGACUACCUGCCUCCCCAUUACAAGGAAUACUACCGGCUGGCCCUAGAUGCCCUGGCUGAAGGGGGAGCUGAGGCCUACCGACGCUUCCUGGCCGAUGAGGGAGCCCCCGACUUUCUGUGUCCUGACGAGCUGGCUCAUGUGACCCGCCAUUUGCAGCAGCCACAGCAUGCCUCCCGGGAGAAUGCCACUGCCCAGGGAAGUGCCUCUGGAUCCCUUCCCCAAGCAGAUGGUGACGUGGACAUGGAUGGAUCCUCUGGGACCUACUGGCCUGUGAAUUCAGACUUGGCUGUGCCUGAACUUGACCUUGGUUGGCCUAUGACCUUUGGCUUUCAGGGCACCGAGGUGACCACUCUGGUGCAGCCACCACCACCUGACAACCCCAGCAUCAAGGAUGAGGCCCGGAGGAUGAUCAGAGCUGCCCAACAGGUGGUGGCCAUUGUGAUGGACAUGUUCACAGAUGUAGACCUGCUGAGUGAGGUCUUAGAUGCAGCUGCCCGACGUGUCCCUGUCUAUAUCCUCCUAGAUGAGAUGAAUGCUCAGCACUUUCUGGACAUGGCUGAAAAAUGCCGAGUCAACCUGCAUCAUGUGGAUUUCCUUCGGGUUCGCACAGUCUCGGGCCCUACUUAUUACUGUCGCACAGGAAAGUCUUUCAAGGGCCAUGUGAAGGAGAAGUUCCUGUUGGUGGAUUGUGCUGUGGUGCUGAGUGGGAGUUACAGCUUCAUGUGGUCCUUUGAGAAGAUUCAUCGGAGCAUCGCUCAUGUGUUCCAGGGAGAGCUGGUAUCCAGCUUUGAUGAGGAAUUCCGCAUUCUCUUUGCUCAGUCUGAGCCACUGAUCCCUGCAGCUGGGGCCUUGGCCCUGGCCUUGACCCAUGCGGACACUUAUGCCCUGACUCCUUAUGGGGGCCCAGGGCCCAUGAUGGGGGGUCCUAUAGGAGGACCAGGGUCCUUUUUCCCCAAACGUGCCCACUUGCUGUUCCCACUUCGUGAUGAGGGACUGGGCUUCCCUUCCUUCUUGGACCCUGACCGUCACUUCCUGUCAGCCUUCCGCAGGGACGACCUACUUCGGCACUCAGGGGGUGCAGGAGACAUGCAUGGGCUGAGGAUGCUCUCACGUCGGCCUGGCAUGGAGGUAGAGGCUGGCCAUGGUGGAGACCUUAGCGCUCGUGGCUACCUCCGUGCCAAGCAUUUAGAGAUGGAAGCCGGGCAUGGUGGAGACUCUGGUAAUCGGGGCUUCCUCCGUGCCAAACACCUGGAGAUGGAGACUGGCAACAGUGGGGACCCCAGCUCCCGUGGCUUUCUCCGAGCCAAACAUCUGGAGAUGGACGCCUUCAAGCGGCACACCUUUGCUGAUGGAGCCAUGGAGAACUUUGCUUCAUCCCGCCAGGUGUCCCGUCAGAUGUUUGUUAGCCACGGGGAUGACUUCCGCUUUCAGACCAGCCACUUUCACCGUGACCAGCUCUACCAGCAGCACUAUCAGUUCGAACCCCAGUUUACAGCUACCCGGCCCCAGGGCUUGUUUGAGAAGCUGCGGGCUGGACGUCCGGGUUUCGGGGACCCUGAAGAUUAUGGGAUAGAGGGGAACCCUCGUUUCCCAGAAUUAGAGUCAGGCUUUGGCCCUCACCCUGAGGGCCCUGGUGGACAUCUGCGGCUGGAUUAUGUGCCGUCCAAUGCAUCAAGGGAAGUCCGACAUGGCUCUGACCCUGAACCCCGUGGACUGGAACCUGGUGCCCCACAGCGCCCCAACAUUGGGCAGAGAUUCCUUUGCCAGUCAUCACCUACACAAAAGCAGAGUUUGGAGCAACGGUGGUUCCCACCAGAGGCUGAAAUGGAAAUGGAACCCAACCGCAAGGGUGGGCCUGAGGGCCGGGCAGGGUUACGCAACUGGCGUAUCUCCUCCUACCUUAGUGGCUGUCACUCUGAUGGUGGAGAUGAGGGUCUGCCUGGCCCCAUGGAGGCAGAAUCUUAUGAUGAAGUCCUGGGUGACCCCCCUGGCCGCUGCCCUCUACCCACUGGGGACCUGCUCCCUUCCUCUUUCAGAACUGGGGGACCUUUUUCCUCAAAGGCUGUAGGUGGGGGAGAUGGCCCAGAGCGAGAGGUGGCUGAUGGGACAGGCUUGGUCAAGCAGGACUCAUUCCGCUCCCGCCUUAACCCCCUGAUCCAGAGGAGCUCUCGUCUUCGCUCCUCCCUCAUUUUCAGUUCUUCCCAAAAGGAGGGACCUGGAGUCGGGACUGGUGCUGGGGCCACAACCGAGAAAGUACAGCUCUUCCAGAAGGAGCAGACAGUCAGUGAGACCGUGGGUGAGGGUGGUGAGACAGUGCGGACAGCCUCGUCUUCCAAGGUGGCAGAACUUCUGGAGAAAUACAAGGGCCCGGCUCGGGAUCGGGACCGGGACCGGGACCAGGAUAAGGAUAGGACGGGUGGUGUGGUCACUGUUAGCAAAGCAGCGGUGUCACAGUCCUGGCGGGAAGAGACUGGGACAGGGGGUGGGGGCACAGGGGGAGAGCGACGUAGCCUCGAGAGCUGCCUCUUAGACCUUCGUGACUCCUUUGCCAGUCGGCUGCAUGAAGAGGCUGAGAGACAGCCAGGGGCAGCCACUCUGAGUGCCGCCCAGCUCCUUGACACCCUGGGUCGGGGCACUGACAGACUGCCCUCUCGAUUUCUUACAUCUGAUGGUAGGGCUGCCCUGACCCAGGGCAGGGCAAGUCCUCCACCUGAGAGGAAAGGGAGCCCCACACCAGUGUAUCCAGAGAGGAAGGGAAGCCCUGUGUUGGAGAGGAGAGGGAGCCCCACACCAGCAUAUCCAGAGAGGAAAGGGAGCCCUGUGCUGGAGAAGAGAGGGAGCCCCACGUCAGCAUAUCCAGAGAGGAAGGGGAGCCCUGUGCCGCCUCUCCCCGAGAGGAAGGGGAGCCCCACUUUUGCCUAUCCUGAAAGGAAGGGGAGCCCUGUGCCGCCUCUCCCUGAGAGGAAGGGGAGUCCCACCUCAGCCUAUGCUGACCAACGGAGCAGCCCCCUACCUCCAGUGCCUGAACGGAGGAGCAGUCCUAUACCCCCAGUGCCUGAGCGGAGGAGUAGCCUCACAUUUGCUGGGGACCAGAAGGCAGGGCCCCCUGGGGAGGAAGAUGCUGGCCGCCAAGAGCCCAGUCCCAUGGAGUUCUUGCGUAAGGGCUCACUUCGCCUGAAACAGCUGCUGAGUCCCAAGGGGGAGAAAAAGCUGGAAGAGGAGGGUGGCUUCUUAGGGCCCCAGGAGAACGGGCAGCCUGAGAGCCCUAACCGGCCACCGCGGGGAGACAGCCCUGAGGUCAGUCUGGAGGAGCGGGCUUCCCGCUCUCGCUUGGCCUCUGCCACCGCUAAUGCCCUCUACAGCAGUAACCUCCGGGAUGACACCAAGGUGAUAUUAGAGCAGAUCAGUGCUCAGAGCCAGAAACAUCGGGGUGGGCCCGGGCCUGGGGCCGGGGCUGGGGCCGGGGGUGCAGCCCACAGCAGUCCUGAGCUGUACCGCUCGCCUGCGGCGGCCCUGGAUGCCAGCCGGGCCCACGAGAUGUCUGACAAGGACAAGUGCUCGGCCAUCUUCCGCUCAGACAGCUUUGGGGGCCAGAGUCGCUUCAGCCGGACGCUGCCGGCCAGUCUGGAAGAGCGAGACACCCUGCUGCGAAAGAUGGAGAGUAUGCGGAAGGAAAAGCGUGUCUACAGUCGGUUUGAGGUCUUCUGUAAGAAGGAGGAGGCUGGGGCGGGUGAGGCUGGGGCAGGUGAGGCUGGGGCAGGUGAGGCUGAUGCUAGGGAUCGCAAGGUGGGCAAGUUCAUGCCCAAGAUCUUGGGCACCUUCAAGACCAAGAAAUGAUCCAAUACCCUGGCAAUCCUUCCUGCCCAAAGUGUCACCGUCACGGACCCACACUACCACUUACACACUCAGUCUUGGGUCCAGGGCCUAAGCCAGAUGCCAAAUCUGUAAACCGGGUGGGAUGAGAUAGGGUGGGGAGUGGGCGCCCACAUCCUGAAGAGCAGGCUGUCCUCUUGGGCUUUUAAAGGAUGUCAUUACCCAGGUGUGGAGGACUGCCCCCACCCUCACUGGGCUCCCAGUGCCCCUGGGCAGACCUAGUCCCCACCACGAUACACUACUGCCUUGCCUGCCUUUGGAAUGUGGGCUCUACCUUUCUGGGGGGACCAUUGCCAUCUGCCCAUCAGGUUCUGUUGGUUUGUUCAUCUAUUCAUUCUCUGUUUUCCUUUUUCCCCAAGCCCUUACCUUAAAUUGGAAGGUGCAUAUUUCACCUCCCUCUACCUCCACACACUGGUCUGCUUAGCCAUCUGCAGAUCCCUUCUCCCUGAAACACUGCUCUGCUGAACUAUCUGCCUAUCCCCUCCUCAGCCUGUGAGCACAUUCCUCAGUCGGGGAAAUUUGGAAGUAUAAAUGCUCAUUUGAACAGUUUUACAGUUUAUUUAGAAUAGUCGCACCCUCUCUCACUGGAUCCUCAUAAUGGCCUCCUGAAGUAUAUUUGCAGGUGAGGAAAAGAGCCAAGAAAAGUGACUUGUUAUACAGCUAAGAAACUGCAGAGUUGGAACAAGAGAUCAGAUUUCUUGGAUCCUUUUCUGGUGCUGUUUUCCAUUGUACCAAAUUGCCUCUCCCACAGAGAGAAUGGAAAAAUCUUUGUGAGGUGUGUGUUUUUUCUCCCAAAAGAGCUCUUACUGUCUUAGAGGAAGGAGGGAACAUGUCCUCCUAGAGAAAGGUCUUAGCAUCAGAAACUUAUCUUGUAGCACGUACAAGGAAGAUGUUCUUUCCAGCAGCAGAUACUAUGUUGUCUGUACUAGUAGGCACUUAAUAAAAGCUGGAUGAUUUGCAGGUUAAAUGGAGUGGGACCCUUGGAAAUUAUGGGUUCUGGUGGGAUCUCCAGAAAGGGAGGCACUGCUGUCUGAGGCUCUGAGCUAGCAUCUCUCCUGUUAGGUGGAUGUGUGCCACUAAGAGUGUUAAAGAGGGGCACCCACAAUGAUGGACAAAAAGGGGGGGUUCUCUCAUGGGGAGGGAUGGCACAAACUUGGUGCCUGUGUGUCCUCAGCCCUCUCCAGGGGAUGAGAGGGAGGGAUGAGGGAAGACUAAUUUGCUGCAUCAAUAAAUUAGACUUGAAUUUAUUA